AUGCAAUGGAAUGUACCAAGGACUGUAUUCCAACUGGCACAUAGGACAUGCAUGGACCCACAUAAAGCUGGUCUUUUUGGACACUGUCAAUAUAUAAAGGGACCAUUACUUUUGUAUACAGCUGAAUCCAGAGUAGUUUUGGUACAAGUCCCGCAAAAACAAUGGCUGCAUUUAUCUGCUGCCCAGUGCACUGCAAAGAAAAGGAAGCCAUUCGAUGCUCCUUCACCCCAACUGGGGAUUCUUCAUUAUAAACAGUGGGAGCAAGAUACUUCCUCUAAGAGGGUUAUGUCAUCCAACACCACACCUCCAGGAAUGCCUUCCGAAAAAAAAGAAGAACCUGAUCCUUUACAAGACAAAUCUAUUAGCCUUUAUCAACGAUUUAAGAGAACUUUUAGACAGUAUGGAAAAGUGUUGAUUCCAGUGCAUCUAGUAACUUCUAGUGUUUGGUUUGGAACAUUUUAUUAUGCAGCCAUAAACGGAGUGAAUGUCAUUCCUUUUCUAGAGCUUAUUGGGUUACCUGACAGCAUAGUAAGCAUUUUGAAAAAUUCCCAGAGUGGAAAUGCCCUAACAGCAUAUGCCUUGUUUAAGAUUGCAACACCUGCCCGGUACACCGUGACUUUGGGGGGAACCUCCUUCACCGUGAAGUAUCUGCGGAGUCGAGGCUACAUGUCAACACCGCCUCCCGUGAAGGAGUAUCUGCAGGAUAAGAUGGAAGAGACGAAGGAGCUUCUCACAGAGAAAAUGGGAGAAACGAAGGAUAAACUCACUGAAAAACUACAAGAAACCAAAGAAAAGGUUUCUUUCAAAAAAAAAGUGGAAUAG